ACAGAACAAAAACAAUUUGAUAAGAGAGUGAGAAUAAGAUUUUAGUUUUGCGUUAGUUAAUUCUUCGCUAGUAAAUUGUUGAAGUACAUUCGCAUUUACAAAUACCAGGUGUUUUAUUUAAAUUUUUUAUGGAAAACAUGGCAACAAAAAAACAAUUUAAUUUUCGCAAAGCUCAAGUAAAAGAUAUAAAAGAUGUAAAAGAAAUGAUACAGGAAUUGGCUGAUUUUGAGAAAAUGAGUGAUGGUCCCCAGUUGACGGAGCAAGAUCUAAUACGCGACUCUGGCCUUGAUGGUGGUCAAGAAUAUUGCCAUAUUUACGUUUUGGAUUUAGUUGAACAGGAGAAAACCACCGUUAUUGGAUAUGCCAUAUGCUUUUUCAACUACUCCACUUGGCAAGGUAAAUCGUAUUUCCUGGAAGAUAUUUAUGUACGUCCAGCUUAUCGUGGCAUUGGAGCUGGUGCUCGCAUGUUUAAAGAAGUUGCCGCUAAAGCUAAUGAAUUCAACUGUAAACGUGUUGAUUUUCAUGUUUUAUCUUGGAAUCCAGCUUCAAAAUUCUAUAAGAAAUUAGGUGCCACCGAUUUAACGGAAGCAGAAGAAUGGCAUUUUUAUCGUUUACAAGAGAAAGAUAUUAAGAAUUUGGUGGAGGAAUUGAAAAAGGAAUAAUAUCGGGAAAUAUAUAUAUUUUUUGUAUUAAAAUAAGCAUUUGUAACUGUAAUUAGUAUUGUAUUUUUAAAGAAAAGAGUCAUAAAAUA